AUGACUUUGAAAAAAAAAUCUUCAGUUAAAAAAAAUUUAGGUGGACGUCCUCCUAGUGAGGUAUGGAAAUGGUUUCUAAAGGGAGAUGAGUCAUCUAAAAAAGGAUAUUAUGCCGCAACGUGCUCUUUUUGUGAUCAACAUUGGAAUAUUGCAAAGCCAAGUAAACUCAAAACGCAUCUUGCGUAUGAAUGUCAAAAAGUUGAGUCAGAUACUAGAAUUAAAGUCUUAGUAUCAUUGACAAACGAUUGUGUUGAUUCAGAUAAUGAUAUGGCCUCAACAUCGACUGCAGCAAGUAAAAAACGAAAAUUGGAAAAUAGUGUUAAUAUUGAUAGCGAAUAUGAGAAUAUUCCUACUUCAUUAGAUAAGGAAGACCAAAUUAAUAAGAUAUUACUAAAAAUGGUCGUGUGUUGUAAUUUACCUUUUGCUAUCGUUGAGCAUCCAUUUUUUCAGGAAUAUACCAAAGCCCUACGUGCUACCUAUUCUAUUCCAAGCUGUUGGGUUUUAUCAAAUACUCUUUUAGAUCAAGAGCUUGCUCGAGUAAAUAUAAAAGUCAGGCGACUUCUUGAUAAAGAAACUAAUCUUACAAUUGCAUUUGACAGAUGGACCAAUCCUACAGGGAGGGUACUUGGGAGAACGGAAUACGAUCAAUCCAUUUAUGAUUAUUGUGUAAUCACUGAAGAACGUAAAGAAUUUCUUUGGGCUUCAAAAAAUUAUUCUGGUGUACCUCAUCAUACUGGUGCAUUUCUUGGUGAAGAAAUCAUUAAGGUUGUCGAAGAUAUAGGUCCAGAAAAAAUAGCCGCGAUUGUGUCUGAUAAUGCAGCAAAUACCCGUGUUGCACAAAGAAUACUUUGUGAGAAAUAUCCUUAUAUUUUGGAUAUUAUAUGUGUGGCACAUUGUAUUAAUUUGAUUACAGAAGACUUGUGCAAACAUGAAUUUGUAAGAAGCGCAGUUCGGAAAAUCGGCAUUAUUCAUAAAUAUUUUACAAAAUCACAUGCCGCAUGCCAAUUUUUAAAAGACGCGAUUAAAAUCUUGAAGAUUAAAGGUGGCGAUUUAAAGGAUCAUACAAAAACACGUUGGUCUACAAUGUGGGAUUGUGUUAAUUCAAUUGUACGACUUGAAUUUGCUUUUAUAAGGGCACCAUUUGAUCAACCGUACAAUCUUAGAUCAGAUACGCCGAUUAUUUGGUGGGACACUGCACAACAUAAAAAAGAAGAAUGGGAGUUACAAGCGUUGGCACUUCGUCUUUUUGCAAUAACUCCACAUAGUGCUUCUUGUGAGCGUUCUUUCUCGGUUCUUGGUUGGUUUUAUAAUCAAAGACGUACUAAUUUGGCUGCAGAGCGGGCGGAAGGAAUGUGCAAAUUACACACCUUUUAUAUUACUAAUGCAAAACAAGAAUUACCUUGUUAUGUAGUUGAUAUGCCUGAAAAUUUAUUACGUAACCAACUAAUCGAAUCAGUUACAGCAAUUAAUAAUGAAAGUGAUGAAACCACUGAUUUUUUAGAUACAAACAAUGAUAAUCUUAGUACAGAAAUAGAUAUCGAUACAACCGAGGUGCAUACUUUAAGUAUUAUGACUGACAUAAAUAUCGGGUUGCAAAUCUUUAACCUGGACCAAAAAGUAAAUAAUGAAAUUACAGUCAGUCCAAGAAGACAAACUAUCAUAUUAAAUUCACAACACAGUGAUUUUGACGUUGAAACAUUAGCUAGAAAUAUGUCAAUGGAAAUUGAUAACGAUGUGAAUUCUUAG